AUGUCUACUUCAUCUUCAUCCAACGAAAUCGUCCUCCCACCUAUGCUACCCGACUUAUCAACGAGUAGUUCGUUUUUAUUUUUUAAAGAGGCGUUAGCGGCCGUAGAAGAGCUAGAAGACUCGGGUUCCUCUAAUGACACCCGCACAUACAUUAAGCGACAUCGAGAAGAAGCCCAUGAAAAAUUAAUGCAUGAUUAUUUUGCGGAAUCACCAAAGUUCGGCGAACGCUACUUUCGUCAUCGUUAUCGCAUGAGUAAAAGGUUGUUUGUAAAGAUUAUUGGUGACCUUGAAGCUAAGUACCCGUAUUUUCAACAACAUAUGGACGCAAGGAAUAGAAAAAGAUUCACGACGAUACAAAAAUGCACGUCGGCAAUCAAGCAACUCUCGACGGGUGAACCAUCGGAUAACUUUGAUGAGUAUUUAUGUAUGGCCGAUCGCACGACACGCGAGUGUCUUACCUACUUUUGUGAAGCAGUCAUUAAUUUAUAUCGUUGGGAGUUCUUACGUAGCCCGACAUCUCAUGACAUCGCUAUGAUCCAACAGGCGCAUAAUGCGCGACAUCACCUUCCUGGAAUGCUCGGUAGUCUUGAUUGUACGCAUGUUGAAUGGAGGAGUUGUCCUAGGCGUUUGAAAGGGCAAUACACGCGUGGGGAUCAUAAAGUCCCUACGAUCAUGGUUGAGUCACCGUUGUAUGAUUCGGUUCGAAAUGGGCCGGCUCCAAACUCAUCAUUCAUUUUUCGCGGUCGGUUGUACAAGCGUGGCUAUUUGCUAACUGAUGGUAUUUAUCCUAGGUGGUCUACGUUUGUUAAAGCGUAUCCACACCCUGUCGAUCCAAAUGAAAAGAAGUUCAAGAGAGUACAAAAAGCGGCAAGAAAAGAUAUUGAAAGGGUUUUUGGUGUUCUUAAGGGAAAAUGGAAGAUAUUGGAGUUCCCGAUUCAUAUAAUGGACUAA